AUGGCAGCAAUCUACGACAAGUUUGAGCGGGUCAACUGGGGCGCUAACAGCAACACCGCCACCACCAACGCCAACGACCAUCGCAGCGCUCGUCAAGCGGGCCCAGCUCCGGUUCCCAACGCUGUUGUCACUCGUGCGCCGGCUCCCGCCCAAGCAGCCAACCAAGCGAUCCGAGAUUCCAAGGGGCGCCGCCUCCCGCCAGCCAACAAACCAGACGCCGAGGUCUUUGGCCACAACGGCCUGAACCCGAUGCGACUGGUGGCCACUCCAGAUCAUGGCGCUCUACCAUGGGCGCAGGGAUCCGCGUACAAUGGCAUAUUCGGCAACCCGACCGACGGCGCCUACUCGAUCGUCGUCUCGGGCAAAAACAACACAUACCACGACCUCGACCGGGACGACGGCGAUACCCUUGUCUACAGCGCCGACAACCCGAUCGGUGUCAACGCUAAUAACAAUGUCGCGUUCGAGCAGAGUUCGGAUACCACAGCGCUCAGGAGGUCGAGACUCACCCGGCGCCCGCUCAAGAUGUUGCGGAGCGCGGCCGGUCGGAACGGGAACCGGAAGUGGGCGCCGUACGUGGGGAUCAUAUAUGAUGAGCUAUAUCGGGUGGUGGAGGAGUUGCAGGAAAGUAACGGGCAGAGUGGCACGGUGGUCAAGUCUCAGCUGAGGAGGGAGCCUAACCAGAUGCCGUUGGCAACCAUCAGGGACACGGUGCCGACUCGGCAGCAGUCGAUUGACGACCUGAAGGUCAAGACCAAGGAGAUCAUGGAACUGAGGAGGGACCAGUGGCAAAGGGCCGAGGCGCUCAGCGAGCAGUACAAACGCCGCCAAGGGGGGCGAGUUUGA